AUGUCUGGCAGGGAGGACUUCUAUGGUACCGUUUCGGUCAUCAUGCGUACUAUACAUCGAUCUGUCAGCGGUCCAGGACUCCAUGCUUCACGCAAGGUCCCAAUGCGUGAUGGCGACUUAUUCAAUGCUAUGCGACCAGGCGAUGCACAGGGGUCAUUGUCCGGCCCGAAGAACACACAGAAUCGCCUGGCAAGAAUACACGUAGUGUUCCAGUGGCAUCUAACUUCGUCGCAGUUUGACAAUUUUACUCUUACACAUGCCGAGGCUAUACAGGCUAUCAACACAAGGAAAGUACGGCCAUUGUCACGGGAGUUCAAUCAGGAAGAUAACGUCCAAAGCAAGGACUUUAGCAUAUUGCUGUAUCAUAUUGGUUUCCAUGCUAUACUGAAGCUUUAUUCCCAGCGAGAUAUCCCCUUCAGGCGUGCCUCUGCCUAUCCACCAACGGUCCGUCAACUCACACUGCCGACCGUCGCCAUCCGCUCUCACGACAGCAACUGCAACAACCGGAAUCACAGCCGCAGCGUACCACCGACAAUGGCGACUUGGGCCGCCAUCGCACGCAAGGCCGCAGAGACCACCGCUGAGGCCCUUGAAGAGGGCGUCAAAUUCUCGUGGGCGGAGAACGAAGCCAACAAAGUCACCGCCGCCACCUUGAAGGAAUUCGGUCCUCCUCUUUCCUAUGACACCGACAGUGACAACGGCUGUGAGUCCAAGGUCAAAACUGAGCUCAACGCUGGCCACAACAACAACAACAUCAUCAUGGCAGCUCAAGAAAACAUCGUGAUUGCCCCCGAGGUGCCCAUGCAGAACACGGCCGGCACCUCUCCCGGUCCUGCCUCCGACGAGGGUGCCUCGUCCUCGUCUGCCGCUCCUUCCGUUGGAGCUCCCAUAUCCAGGGUUGAAGAGUUCAAACUGGCUCUUGGCGACUUUGGCACUCAGCUUGGUCUGAUGGUCCGCCUCAAAGGCGUGGCCCCAGAGAAUGUCGACGAGUGUGUCAACAACAUUAUCGAAAAGAGCCUUGACGAUAUCAUUGCUGUCAAGGGCAAGGAUGCCCAGAAGAACAAGAAGGUCCAGAGAUCGGACGCUGCCAAUAACAAGAAAAUCACCGCUCCUACCCAGCAGCCUGAAAAUGAUCCGAAGAACAAAGGUAAAGCUGUCGAGACCACUGACGCCUUCACCGGCAUGAUGGAGGGCUACAAGUUCUCAGCUGCCUCGCAGCUUCCCCCAACAGACACGGCCGACGUCAUCAUGUUCUUCACAAAGCCCGAUGCGGUCACUGGAGAGACUGAGAUUCCAGUCCAUCGCGAGCUGCUCAUCAGAGAGUCGACUUGGUUUAGUCGUCCGGGCGGCCUGCCUCCUCCGAACAAGGACGGCAAACCUGUCUAUAUCUGUCUCGGAGAAGGACCUGCCGGCGUUGUUGGGCAGGUCUUCAGGUUUCUUUACAACCACAAGGUCGACGAGUGCGAGAGAAACGCCGGCUCGCCCUUCCACCUUAUCCAUAUCCAGUGCAACGUAAACCAAUAUGUCCUGGCCGUCGCCUACGGCAUGACUCGCCAGCAGCAGUAUCAUCUCAACAAGGUUCAAGAGCAUGUCGAAUGGCUCAGGGAGCACGUCUCUCACAAUGCGCCUCUAUGCAACAUGGUGCUCACUACUGGCGUGGAGAUCGGAUGGUGCGAGGUGCCGCUCCGUCACUGCAACACGUGCCUCUGGAAGGAAGUCAUCCCGGCAUACCGCGAGGUCUGCGCCGGAUGCACGUUCUCGUUGCCCGGCUCAAUCUCAUCAUCGUGCCGUGGAUGA